AGUGUUUUCACUGUGGAUAACAGUUUUCUCACUGUGAAUAGCAGGGGUGCAUUCUGAAUAGUUGUAAUCAUACUGGAUGGCUAGAAUUUCUGUAAGUGGUAUAAAAAAAAUACGGAGGUCUAGGCAUUUCCAUUUUUUAUGCCCCAUAAUUGCUUACAUUCUUUUUUUCUCUCUCCUUCCCUAAGUUAAAAUGACAACAACAAACGUAACAAGGAAUCAAGCUAUCUGCAUGGUUUUUUACGUCGAUUACACCGAUGAAAACGUAAAUCACUAUAAAAAAAUGAUUGAGGAUUUCGGAGACUCCGAAAUCUGUUACAACAUUGAUGAAAAACAACCUAUAAUUGUAACUAAACAAAGAAUUCGAUCAACAAGAAAUAUAUAUGAAACGAUCAGUAAAUACACCGCAGUUUUUGAGAAGCGAACUCCGCAAUCAUUUGCUGCAUGGUGCAAGAAUAAGCGAUUACCAUUUUUAAAUGGUAAAGAAAUCAGACAAGACGGAAUUCCUCCAGACUGAUUCGAUUGCGGACCAGAUUCGUUUACGAGAACUCUACACCAUGGAUAAUAUUUACUACAUUGAUUUGAUUGAUUCUAUUUGCAAUUAUCUUCCAAACUAUCAAGAAUCAUUAAAAAAAUUAUUUAAUAAUGGAUAUGAAAUUGUGGGCUAUGCCCGCAAGUCACCCACCCAAGAUAAUUCUGCUACUAGAAUCAAGCUUCUUCAAGCUAUGGUUAAUAACUUGCAAGAACGAUCAUUCGCAACAAGAAUCUACGUAUCCACCAGCAGCUAUUCAUCCACUCCGUUCUUUGAGCGAGAUUUGAAAAACGAUGAUGGUAUAAUUGGUAAAUUAAGUCAAGUCCAAGGAAGCACCCAAGAUAUGUUGGUGUACUUAAAAUCUGUUAGGCAUGAUGCUUGUUUGGUUUCGCUUGAUUUUGCUGGGUUGACAACAAGAACCCAUGAUAUUGUAAAGCUCAUUGAAACUAAUCCAGCAAUCAAAAAAAUAGCCAUCGAAACGUUUACCGUUGCCAAUGAGCUCUUUUUAUUUGAUUCUGAAAGUGAGAAAUUCGAGAUAUAAAAUAACGGA